AUGAAGGCGCGGUCGGUGGUUCGAAGGAGACCGCGGAACUGUGGAGGCAGCGCAAUCGAUCGGUGUUUAGUUCAGCUCAAGAGGAUGGUCCCUGCCGUCCGUGGGCACACCAGAAUCAAGAAGCUGGAGCUACUGCAACACGUAAUCGAUUACAUCCAGGACUUGGAAUUAACGCUUGCUGAGGAUCACCUCAGAAUAUCCUCCGUGUCCGGCUCCUCACCCUCUCAACAUAAUGUGCUGGUAAGCACGUGA